GGUUGUUGCGGUUUUUGAAAUCCACCUGAAAAAUUUCCCGAUCGAUCUCCACCACCAGCAAUAAAUCAAUGCUGCGGAUUCACCAUACCUCGGCGUCGCCAUUGCCAUUGCCAUUCUCCUUCAAGGACAUCCACAAUCUCUGCUGUGAAGAACCUAACGAAAGCUCCUCCUCCAGCACCGCGGCCAGGCAACCGGAAUUGGAUUCAUCCUUAUCCAUUCCGGGUGCUGAUAACCGCAUUGUCGUUUACUUCACGAGUCUCCGCGCGGUGCGCUCGACCUUCGAGGACUGCAGCGCCGUGCGAUCCAUCCUCAGAGGAUUCCACGUAUCGAUCGACGAACGAGAUCUGGCAAUGGACUCGCGGUUCUUAAGCGAGCUGCAGGGGAUCCUUGGUGCACGGAAGCAAACCUUGCCGCGAGUUUUCAUCGGCGGAAGGUACAUGGGUGGGGCAGAGGAGAUCAGACAGCUGCACGAGACAGGAGAGCUGAAGAAAUUGGUGAAUGGAUUGGCCGCAGCGGAACCAGGAACGUGUGGCGGGUGCGGCGGCUACAGGUUCCUCCUGUGUCACGACUGUAAUGGUAGCCAUAAAUUAUACACACAAAAAACAGGGUUCAAGACCUGUACGGCCUGCAAUGAAAACGGUCUCAUCAGGUGCCCUUAUUGUUCUUGUGCACCAUUCUAAAAAAAAAA